AUGGCGAAUAUCAAAGCAGUAGAGGGCAAUGCUGAGGACCGCCAGCGCAUCAGCACAGUCUAUACCCGCGCCUUCGCUCACGAUCCAGUGAUAGAAUACAUGCUAGGCAUGACGCCCGAGAAAAAAUCUGCCUAUCUACCCAAAUACUUCGACUAUUUAACGGUCGCGGCGUCGUUGAACAAAGGGUUAUUCUUCGAGGCCAACGACUGGAGUUCCUGCGCGGUGUGCAUGCCUCCACAGCAGAAGAUCGAUAGUCCGCGGACGCUGAUCCCCUCGGGGCUCAUUUGGAUGACUCUCGACGUUGGGAUUGCGUCGAGUUGGCGCAUGAUAUCUGAAUUUCCGAGCGCGGUUGGGCCAGCAAAGAAGAAGGGACUGGGGAAUCAGAAGGACUUCUACUAUCUCUUCUUCAUCGCCACCGAUCCGGAUCAUCAAGGUCAAGGCCUCGCAUCUGCCAUAAUCCGAGUGCUGCAAGAGCGCGCUGGAAAGGAAGGCCUACCGAUUUGGCUCGAGGCCACCACGACGAAAUCACGCGACACCUACCAGAGACUGGGGUUCAAAGAAGUGGAAGAGGUCAGAGCUGGGAAGGGUAAGGUGAACGCCGACGGAAUUCGUGAAAAAGACGGGAAGGGCGUUCCGUUGUGGGCAAUGAUUUGGUGGCCAGAAUCCAAGGCUUGA